AUGUCUGCGUUCUUAAGACAACCAAGCGUUGUAACAUUAUACUGUAAUGUGAGGCGAAUACACGGUAAGUGCAGGAUCGGGAAUAGGAAUAUCGUUGGCCACGGCAUCAACGGGAGUGCGGUAUACAAGGACGAUGCGCACUUCCCUUUUCCCGCCGUACGGUUUAAGGAGAACACUAGGGAAGUCUGUGCUCUACGUGAAAAAGAGAAGGGAGACUGGAGGCAGCUGUCCUGCGAAGAAAAGAAAGCGUUGUACCGAGCUUCCUUCUGCCAAACUUUUGCAGAAUUCCAGGCGCCUACGGGCACUUGGAAGUUCAUUUUAGGCUGGACUCUCGUUACCACUUCUUUUGCCUUCUGGGUCGCAAUGUUCUACCACUAUUACGUGAACGAGCCUCUACCAAGUUCCUUCUCGAAGUUCGCGCAGAAGGCUCAGCUGCGCAGGAUGCUGGAGCUUAGAGUUAAUCCCAUAGACGGGAUAUCUUCCAAAUGGGACUAUGACAAUGACAAAUGGAAGGUAAAUUAA